AACUUUAACCCAAACCGCUUACAGAUCUUACGGUGGUCACCCAUAUUCUUACAGUGAUCCGUCUGGUAAAUUACAUUUCACUCCAGUUCAACAAACUCCUGAUGGAAUGGUAGGUCGGCUUACAAGUUUACACUAAUUGUACUUAAUGACAGUGUAACGUCGUGCUUUUACAAGACUUUUACUAUAUAAAGACAUAUCUAGCAGUAAAGUCGGUCUAACUGCAUACAUGUACACAUUCCAAAUGAUGUCGGCCUAAUCCCGAGACAGCCUUUUAUGCAUAAUUACAUAUUCUAUGAUGCUAAUUGUCCUGUAAAAUACAAAUACCGACACAGGCAACAGAUCAGGUUGCGAAGAGCACGAUGUACAACCACCUUAAUUAAAAAUAUAUUAAGCCGAACUUCGGCGUUUCGAGUCUUCGAGAAAAGCCAUUCGUUGGGAAGUUAUAGCAGCCGCCACUUCCAACUUCUUGUACUAAUUUCCCGACAAAGCGCAGUCGCUCGAAACGUCGAAUAUAAUAAUAUAUUUUCAAGGUUGUUUAUCUCCCUGUCUGUAUCGUCACUUUAAUUUAUUGAGAUUUUAAAUUAUGGGACUGAAUUAGUAAACGUGCAUGCAUCCAUUUCUGUCGAUAUGCAACCUACAGUUAAAACCGUUUAUAAAUGAUGUACUGAUAAAGUUUUAAAACACUUCGACAUGUCGAAAGAAGGCCCUUAAUUGCACCCCCAACAACAUCCCGCAGUAUAAAUAAUUACCAUAUUCUCAAAAUAUUUAUUUAUAUUCCCCAGGGUGGCUUGGUUUGGUCUCCUUACGCGACAGAAUACGCAAUGGAAGAUUUUUAUCGAAAUGUAAGUAUUUCGUUCGUGUUACAGUCAUGGCAAUGGAAAUGUUCCAAAAAUAUUCUACUAAUUCAUUUCCUCCCACGAACCAAUUCAUUUGAUAUUUUCUGCAACUUCAUGUAUUUGAUCACUUCUGGUCAUUCCUGCCGUUUUAUGAUUGGUCAAUUGCACCAAAACCAAAGGUGAUUCGGGUGGAAGUUAUGACAUUUUCAAACAACUCAGCAAUUGAAUUGGUUCGUGUGAGCAAAUGCAUAGUAGAAUAUUUUAGAAACACUUCCGUUGCCACGACUGCGAGCCCUGGUCUACGACUGUAAGCCCUAAACAAGCUAGAAAACAUUCCUGUGUAAAAUAUCCGGAUGGUUCUUCGAAUAUUUCCCCCGUUUGCCCACUCUCAGAAACAUCGUUAUUAAAAAAUGCUGCCUGAAAUGUUACCUAAGAAAUUUAAAAACAUGUUAACUGAUUUUCUACGUCUGACUUUCUCUGCGGCAACAAAGUUUCCUUGUUAACCUCCCUAAGAAAAACAUAAUUUAUGUUGAGAUGUUUCAUUAUAACUUCUCUCCAAAUAAUUUAUUUCCUGAUAGUAUAAUUUUUGUCCAAGCCUUUAUACUGUUCAUGAAGAGGCCAUUAAGGUUUAAAUUUUGGUUGCAGACCAAAGUAUAACCGACAAUAAAAUUAUAGUAUUCUAGUUAUCGUUGAUUAGUCAUCUAUAUAUUAUAUAUUUCUGUAGGUUGAAAUGCCGGGUACAUUGGAUUCCAAAAAUUCCAGUUUCUUGUCAAAAAUGCCAGAAACUCCUCUUGGUACAAUGCCUGAGAGCACUGGCGUACCACGUGAUGCUGUGAUUGACAUGCCCGACGCUGGGGAACGUGGGACUACGACGGGAGAGUCCUCGGAGCCACUAGUGCGCGCGAUUAAAGACGAGCUAUUUCGGUUGGCAUCGGGACGCACUCCCGUAAAACACAUGUGA